AGGGAGAGAGCUGGAUCACAAGUUUCAACUUCCAAACUUGUCAACCGUCAGUGACACAAGACGUCGAUACCCAUUUGCAGCGGGAUAAAAUAGGCGGCACCAGAGCAACGCUUUUGUUGAGUCCUGUGGCCAGCUAGAACGAGGCCAUGGAACCGGCAGGCUUUCAGCUGUGGGCAGCUGUCUCCAUUCUGGUGCACCUUGCAAACGGUAGUCCCAUCAUGAGCCUAGACAUGCCUCUCCUGGAGGAAGACAGGCCGUUCUUUGAUGAACAGGAUGCCUUACUUCAGACUUUGCAGAACGAGUUGCUGAAGGCGCUCAACAUCUCCGACAUCCCCCUGCAAGAGACGGCAGCCAAGGUGGACCCUCCGGAAUACAUGCUAGAGCUCUUUAACAGGUUUGCCACUGAUAAGACCUCCAUGCCAUCAGCCAACAUCAUCAGAAGCUUCAAAAAUGAAGAGCAGAUUCUGCAGCCCAUCCACUUCAAUGGAAUACGGAGGUACCCUCUUCUCUUCAACGUCUCCAUUCCACAUCAUGAGAAAAUAACAAUGGCGGAAUUGAGGCUCUACACUCUGGUUCAGGAGGACAGGAUGCUCUACAAUGGCCUCAGCAGGAAAGUCACCAUCCUGGAAGUACUCGAGAAUGACCGUGGAAGAGGGAAGGAGGAAGAGGAGGAGAGGAAAAUGAAAGUACUGGCAUCCCGGCACAUUUACAGCACUGACAAUGAAUGGAAAACGUUUGAGGUCACGGAGGCCAUCAGGAGGUGGCAUCACUCAGACUCCACCACUCAUCAGCUGGAGGUGCAGAUUGAGAGCCGAGGGGGAGAGGAGGCCGUCGGAGGAGGGAAAGGAGAUAUAGACAUUGAUUCAGAGACCAAACAUGAGCCUUUACUCAUUGUGUUUUCAGACGACCGAAGCCAUGCCAAGAAAGAGGAGAAGCACGAACUGAAUGAGAUAAUCGAGCACGAGCAAGAUUUGCAGGACCUGGACAUGAAUGGUUUCCAUACCAGCCCUAGAAAGGAGAAGCUUCUGCAGAUCAGAUCCAACAUAAUCUACGACUCCACAUCCCGGAUAAGGAGGAACGCCAAGGGGAGCAGCUGCAAAAAGACUUCGCUCUAUGUGGAUUUCAAGGAGAUUGGCUGGGAUUCCUGGAUCAUCGCACCUCCAGGCUAUGAUGCCUCUCAGUGUAGGGGAGCCUGUUCCUUCCCUUUGGACGAUCACCUCACGACCACUCAUGCCAAGGCCCGGACUUUGAUUCACUUGAAUGACCCCCAGAAAGCUUCUCCAGCUUGUUGUGUACCUACCAAGCUGGAUCCCAUCUCCUUACUCUUCUUGGAUAACGGGGUCGUCACCUACAAGCUCAACUACGAAGGCAUGGCUGUCUCAGAGUGCGGGUGCCGAUAGUAGAAGGAUGCCCCACCCACCCACAGGGCUUUGGGUCCUCCUCAGAUUAUUUAAUUGUUUCAUCUGUAUAUUUGUACAGUUUUGAUUUGUACAGACUUAAUAAGCUUAUUUAAUGAGGCAUGUACAGAUAAUUUGAGGCAAAGGAAAUGGGCAACAGAUUAGAGGGGGUGUGUUUUAUUUUUCGCUUUCACGGUUGGCUUGGAGAAAGCAGGAGUCAGUUUACACAAUCAGCAGAAUCCAGUGUUAAUUCUCUCCCCUCAUCCCAGAUACCACUUCAGACUGCCCAUGGUUCAAUUCUCCCCCACAAAAUAAAAUGCCUCACAGUCAUUUCUGCUGACUGUGUGAACUAACCCCACGAAAUCUGGCCACC